UUUAUUUUUUAGUCCCGCCUUUGCUUCCAACUGGAAUGGAUUUUACUGCUCUUGAUUGGCGUGUUAACUUAUCUUUGGUUUCUCCGAGAGAGCUGGGUUAUGAGUACACAAAUCCGUUUACUGGUUUUCGCAUGUUUCGUUAUGUUUUGCCUGGUGCACCAAACUUUACAGUUGAGACCUUUGCAAUUACUCGUUUUGGCUCUUUUCGUAAACGUCCAGAACAUGAAAAGAAAUUUGUUGAUGCAAUUAAAAAUUUUGUUAAUUCUGGGAAUUAA